AUGUCGGACUCAACUCCCCAAACAAAGGGGCAGGAAGUCAAUGCGCCUGUGUUUGAAGACCUUGCGCCUUCUCUAGAUGAGAAUAUGCCUCCGGUUGAUUCCCUCCCUCGUGAUGCUACCGAGGAGGAGAUCAAAACCCUCCCGCACGUUAUCGAUCGUAUUCCCUUUGCUGCCUGGGCGGUCAUUUUUGCUGGCGCUGCAGAACGAUUUACCUACUACGGAGUGAUUGCUCCAUGGCAGAAUUAUAUGCAAAACCCUCGAGGCAACCAUGCCGUACCCGGUGCUUUGGGUUUGGGUCAAGCUACCGCUGUGAACAUCUCGAAUGCCUUUUUCCUCUUUUCCUUUCUGACUCCAAUCCUCUUUGCGGUUUUGUCUGAUAUGUGGCUGGGCCGGUACAAAACGCUGAUACUGGGUUUAACACUCUAUAUUUGUGGCAGUAUCAUCCUCGUGACGACUUCACUGCCAGUAGCUUUAGACAACGGCGCAGGCCUAGGCGGCUUGAUUGUCUCAAUGAUCUUCAUUGCAUUGGGUGUUGGAUCAAUUAAGGCAGCAUUUUCCCCUUUUCUAGGAGACCAAUAUAUCCAGCGGAAACCACAGCUUGUACAACGAAAGAACGGUAAUUUAGUUGUAGUGGACGGGACCAGAACAUUGCAGUUUAUAUUCAAUGCUUACUUUUGGUUCACUAAUGUUGCUUCUCUCUCGUCUUUCCCGGUUACUAUUUUGGAGAAAAAAUAUGACUUUUGGCAGUCUUAUGUCUUCGCAGUGUCUGCUAUUUGCGUAGCAAUAGUCCUGCUCUUGAUUUGGGCUGGAAAAUUGGUAAAAAUAUCCCCACAAGGAAAUAUUUUACCUCAAGCAGCGAGGACUGUAAUCUGUGCUAGCAAAAGCGGCUUCAAACUGGACCAUGCCAAGCCAUCUUACCAGCAGACCCACUAUGGCCGCACCGUUCCAUGGAGUGAUCACUUCGUAGAUGAAAUGAAGCGAGGUUUCAUUGCCUGUCGAGUCAUAUUUUCAUUCUUGAUCUUCUACCUCUGUAUCAAUCAAAUGUACAACAAUCUUGUCUCUCAGGCCGGUCAGAUGAAUCUCCACGGUGUGCCCAAUGAUAUGAUCCAAGCAUUUUCUGGGGUUGCAUGUAUCAUUUUUGGGCCUAUCAUCCAGGCAAUGUAUGGCGUCCUGGCCAAACAUAAAAUUCCUUUUGGACCAAUUGCUCGUAUCACGGCCGGCUUUAUUUUUUGCGGCGCAGGCAUGGCCUAUGCUGCCGGCCUUCAGAAACUCAUAUACUCUACUGGCCCCUGUUACAACCGACCAUUUGCAUGUCCCGCUUCCGAAAACGGCCGAAUCCCUAACAACGUCAACGUUUGGAUCCAGAUGCCAGUCUACGUAUUCCUCGCCAUUGGCGAAAUCUUUGGCUUCGUCACUGCCUACGAAUACGCUUACAGCAAGGCCCCGCGUGACAUGAAAACAGUCGUGCAGUCACUGACCCAGUUGACAGCGUGUGUAGCCAGUUUACUAGGCAUGGCAAUCAGUCCGGCUGCCAAGGAUCCUAAUAUGGUGAUCUUGUAUUCUUGCCUGGCGGGUGCAAUGGGCCUGUCCUCCGUCUUGUUUUACUGGAAGUUCCGAAAAUAUGAUAAGAUUGAUUACGAGCUGAAUAAAUUAGACCUUGAAUCGUCGCUGGCGUCAUCUGGCUCGAGUAGAUCCGGAAUGCCAGAUCCGGAGAAGCCCGAAAGUGAGACGAGAAAACCAAAUAAUGGAUAA